CCGCUGGUCUGACUUGAGUUAGGCUAUACGGAUUUCCUACUCACCUGAUCAUAUCAUUCGAGAAGGGCUAUAGAUUCAUCUAUUACUGUUUCAUUCAGUAGAACGAUGUGAUGCUAGUAUUCGCGCUACUCCUCCUCCGGGCGGCUAUUACAGGCCCGUGGUUGGGUGUACAAGCGUGAGGCUGCGAACACUAAAUCGGCCUCAGCUCUCCCAGGACUUCAGCUCUGCUUAUCCUCUAUUUUCAGGCGUUGUUAUCGCGGAUUUGACGGUGAAAUCUACCUAAACCUCUGUUUUACCACCGCUGUUACCUUGUGCUGCGAAAUGCGCCCGAAAAGCCGCAAUGAUUUUACGAUCGCGAUUAUCUGCGCCCUUCCUCUUGAAGCGGAAGCUGUCGAAGCCCUUUUCGAUGAAACCUAUGAUCGGCUUGGAAAGCAUUACGGCAAACAACGAGGCGAUGUGAAUGCAUAUAUAAAUGGAAGGAUUGGUAAGCACAAUGUGGUCCUGUGCUACAUGCCUGGAAUGGGCAAGGGAAAUGCAGCAAGUGUUGCCUCUAGUCUGCAAGUCAGCUACACGGGAAUCGAGCUUGCUUUGAUCGUUGGUAUCUGCGGGGGUGCCCCUCCCCCACCGGAGUACCAAGAGAUAUUCCUAGGCGAUGUUAUCAUCAGUGAUUCUGUGAUUGAAUAUGACUUUGGCAGACAAUACCCUGGUGGGUUUCAGCGGAAGACUGGUCUCAAAGACACGCUAGGCAGGCCAAGUCGAGAAAUUCGCACCCUUCUAAAUGGCCUUCGUGCGGAGAAUGCCCGCAGUGAACUUCAGAAUCAGGCGCAACAGUAUCUUCACACCCUUCAACGAACAGGGACCAAGUGGCGUCAUCCAAGGAUUAACGAUAUACUUUUCCAGGCCUCUUAUCUCCAUAAGCAUUCCGAUCAUGCUUCUCUUGCUGGAUGCUCCUGUUUUAGGAGUGACUCGCCUGAUCAAAUUUGUGAGGAGGCAUUAGGGACGGACUGUGACAACCUUGAUUGCGAUAAAGGCCAACAAGUUCGAUGUCGCGAGAUCUCGGAAGAUAUCCGGACCUCGAUAUAUAUUGGAACAGUUGCUUCUGCCGACACAGUGAUGAAAUCUGGUCAGCAUCGUGAUGAACUUGUCAGAAAAGAGAAGGUCAUCGGUUUUGAGAUGGAGGGGGCAGGGGUAUGGGACAAUCUUCCGUGUAUCAUCAUUAAGGGUGUGUGUGACUAUGCCGAUAGUCACAAGAGCAAGUUGUGGCAGACAUACGCAGCAGCGACUGGAGCCUCGGUGGCAAAGGCAUUCUUGGAGUACUGGAUGCCUGCAAACCACAAAGAUGCGAGCAAAGAUCGUCACUUCAUGAUUCCUUUUGGGAGAAAUCCCCGCUUCGUGGGUCGCCAAGACGAAAUCCAGAAAUUGGAGGAUUUAAUCUCCAUGCCCGAUGGGGCAAAAAAGCUCGCCAUUACCGGAUUGGGAGGUGUAGGGAAGACUCAAAUCGCUCUGGAGCUAGCUUACCGCAUGCGAGACAGAGAGCCCGAAUGUUCGAUCUUCUGGAUCCCGUGCACCAGCUACGAGGCUGUUGAACAGGCUUAUAUGAGUAUUGCACAAAUGGUGGGGCUCCAUAAUGUAGAGCCAGCAGAGGUGAAAGAGCGCCUCAGGACUUAUUUCAGCCAAACGAAAGAGAAAUGGAUUCUGAUCUUCGACAAUGCCGAUGAAAUGGAUAUGUGGAUUAAGGGUAACCCUCCAACGCCACCACUUAAGGAUAUUAUCCCUUGGAGUGAGACUGGCCAUGUACUCUUUACAUCCCGCAACCGACAGCUUGCAUUAAAGCUGGCAUCGAUGAAUGUGCUUUCUGUUCUUAAUGUGGAUCAAAGGACUGCCAAGGAGAUACUCAGGAAACUAUUAAUCCGGAACGAUUUAUUCCACGAUGAUCGUGUGACAAGCGCGCUUCUUGAGCAGCUUGCUUUUCUCCCUCUGGCAAUCAGCCAAGCCGCGGCUUACAUCAAUCAAACUGAUAUUUCCUUAGUGAGGUAUAUGUCAUUGCUGAAUGAGCAAGAGGGGAGCACAAUAGAACUACUCAGCGAGGAUUUUGAGGAUGAUGGACGCUACGCAGAGAGUCAGAACCCGGUGGCCACAACCUGGCUGGUUUCCUUCUUGCAAAUCCAGCAAGUGGAUGAAAUAGCAAGCGAUCUUUUGUCGUUCAUGGCUUGUAUUAGCCCACGGGAUAUACCAGAGUCAAUUCUUCCAUCGACAACAUCAGCAAAAAGAAAACUAGAAGCAUUAGGUCUUCUUAAAUCAUAUUCCUUCAUCAGUGCACAGGUUGAUGACAGUGUUCUCAGUCUUCAUCGACUUGUGCACCUUGCUACUCGAAAUUGGUUAAGAAAGAAAAAGACAUUUGAGACUUGGGUAGAGACAGCCGCCGAACAGUUAGACAGGAUUUUUCCAGAUAACAACCAUGGCAAUCGAUCAAUAUGGAGGAACUACCUACCGCAUGCACUGUAUCUGGUGAACAGCACAGAAUUCCAGGAUCACCAGGCCAGUCACGAUGAUUUUCUUGCACGAAUAGGAAGCUGCCUGGAAAGUGAUGGAAGAUAUAUGGAGGCAGAAACUCUGUUUCAAAAUGUCCUGAAAAUCCGAGAAAGAGUUUGGGGACUGGAGCAUCCAGAUACUCUUACCAGUGUCAGCCAGCUAGGAUCAGUACUUGCACAGCUGGGUAAAUAUGAGGAGGCCGAGGCCAUGCACCAACAGACACUCAAAGGUCGUGAGAAGGUGCUUGGUUCUGAGCAUCCAGAUACUCUUACCAGUGUCAGCAAGCUAGGAUCAGUACUUGCACAGCUGGGCAAGUAUAAGGAGGCUGAGGCCAUGCACCGACGGGAUCUAAUAGGAUCAGAGAAAGUGCUUGGUCCUGAGCAUCCAGAUACUCUUACCAGUGUCAGCAAGCUAGGAUCAGUACUUGCUGAUCAGGGCAAGUAUAAAGAGGCCGAGGCCAUGCACCGACAGGCACUCAAAGGUUAUGAGAAGAUGCUUGGUUCUGAGCAUCCACAUACUCUUGACAGUGUCAGCCUGCUAGGAUCAGUACUUGCUGAUCAGGGCAAAUAUGAGGAGGCCGAGGCUAUGCACCGACGGGAUCUGAUAGGAUCAGAGAAAGUGCUUGGUCCUGAGCAUCCAGAUACUCUUACCAGUGUCAGCCAGCUAGGAUCAGUACUUGCUGAUCAGGGCAAGUAUGAGGAGGCCGAGGCCAUGCACCGACAGGCACUUAAAGGUUAUGAGAAGGCGCUUGGUCCUGAGCAUCCAUAUACUCUGACAAGCAUGCACAAUCUUGCCUUCACUCUUAAACAACUGGGGAAGAUCUCAGAUGCCUUGAGUUUAGUCAAGAAAUGUGCAGACCUCCACAACAAAGUAUUAGGCUCAAAUCACCCGUACGCUAUAUCCUCAUUCAAUGCCCUUAGUAAUUGGGAAACAGCAGCGAACCAGCUCUCAGAAAGACAGAAUCAAAAAUCUUCAGCAGACACUGCUACCCUACGCUCGAUCCACACUUAUGCCGGUGAUUAUAUUACAUCAGAUUCACAACCUGUGGGCCGCAAACGGCGAGUCCUCAUGAAUUUCUUCCGAAGACGAUGAUUUGCCAUUAUAUUUUUGUCUUUUGUCUAGACUGAACACUGACAUAUGAUUUACAGUAUAACCUGACUAAACUUGUCGCUGUACAGUAACUAAAACUCCAUACUCCUUGAUCCUCUUCCUACCUUGUAAUAAACAUGAUUUAGUCUCUUUCGGUCACAACCCCGCUUUGGCUAUGUAUUGCUGGGACACACAUUCCAUACAUAACCAGAUAUCCUGUGACUCGACUUCACCUUAUUUCAAUUUUCAAGCGUCUUCAUCAGACAGCUGGGUUGCCUUGGCGGGCGGAAACUGAGCAUCGUCAAGUUAUAGUUUUAGCAGUUAGGGAAGCCAACCUUGCUCUUGGGUACAGUGUCGGGCGGGUUUCUAUUAUAGGAUUUUAUA